AAAAACCUUUACACUGAUACACUGAAAUUACCUCGUACAUCUUUUCCACUUCGUCAAUCUGAUCCUAUAUCGGACGAAGUUCAAUUACGUGAAAGAACCACAAAAAGACUUUGGGAUUGGCAGAAGAAACAGUCUGAUCGACCAGUUUGGACACUUCACGAUGGACCUCCUUAUGCGAAUGGACCACUUCACAUGGGUCAUACUCUGAACAAAAUCCUCAAAGAUAUUAUUAAUCGAGUCAAACUUCUAGAUGGCUACCGAAUCAAUUAUGUACCUGGCUUUGAUUGUCAUGGUCUACCACUGGAGCUCAAAGCCGUCGAAGCCUUACGAGAAUCAUCUGAACUCAAUCAAUCAGAUCCAAUAGUCAUCAGGUCCUUAGCAAGACAAGCAGCUGAUACUGGCGUACAGUUACAAACGAAGGAAUUCGAAAGAUUGUCAAUUUUGACUGAUUGGUCAAAGGCUUGGCGGACUAUGGAUCCAAAAUAUGAAAUUCAGCAAAUUCGCUUAUUCGCCAAGAUGCUUGAGAAUGAUUACAUUUAUCGCUCCAGCAAACCUGUUUAUUUUUCACCUUCCUCUGGCACUGCUCUUGCUGAGGCAGAGAUCGAGUACAAUGAAGAUCAUCGCAGUCUGUCUGUUUACACUACCUUUGAUGUAGUUCGACCUUCGAAACGAUUAGCUGAACUUUUGAAAGAUCAUGAAUUAAAAUCAGUCAAAUUAGUUGUCUGGACUACAACACCUUGGACACUAGUUGCGAAUCAAGCAGUCGCACUCAGUUCGCAUGAUCAGUACUCUAUAGUCAAAGAUACCCGUAGCUCAUCAAGUAACGAGUUAUUGAUAUUUGCUACUAGCCGUCUUCCGGUGUUGCAAGAGAUAUUAGGAGGCGUAGAAAGUCCACUCGAAGUCGUGGGCGAGCUUACAGGUGGAGAGUUGAGCUCGACAAGUUAUACUCAUGAUUUCACGAAUUGCGAACUUCCGACCUUUGUGGCUAAGCAUGUCACCAUGAAGAGUGGAUCAGGACUGGUUCACACAGCUCCAUCACAUGGACAAGACGAUUUUCACGCUUAUAAUUCAUUUAUGACUGACCAUCUGUCAUUGAGAUACAUUGAUGUGGUGGAUGAUCUGGGUCGAUUCAAGAUUGAUGGCGAGACGACAGAGUGGAUGGAUCAGUUGAAAGGAAAAGAGGUUCUCUAUGACGGGAAUCGACAUGUCAUCACCAUGCUUCGUCAGCAAAACCGGCUUCUUGGCGAAGUGAUCAAGAUUCGGCACAAAUACCCCUAUGAUUGGCGCACCAAAAAGCCAGUGAUCACCAAAAUUACCCCUCAGUGGUUCAUCUCAUUGGAGAAGAUCCGUCCCUUAGCGCUUGCAUCCCUCUCUAAAGUCCGAUUCCAUCCAGAGCGGGCUCGAACUCGGCUUGAAUCUUUCCUCCACUCACGGUCGGAAUGGUGUAUCUCGCGUCAGAGACCAUGGGGUGUACCGAUUCCUGUUCUCUACGACGUGGCGACGAAUUUGCCUCUGUUAACUGCCGAGUCAAUCUUACAUAUCGCUCACGUCUUAGAGGUGAAAGGCACAGACCAUUGGUGGCAAGGUCCGGUGCAAGAUUUCAUCCCACCUGGAGUAGAGGGAAGCUUCAAAAAAUCUACCGAUACGAUGGACGUUUGGCUUGAUAGUGGAAUGUCUUGGUUAACUUUGAAAGAUCAAAAAGCUAAUUUAGUAUUGGAGGGCUCGGAUCAGCAUCGAGGCUGGUUCCAAUCACUACUUUGGACCUCAAUUGCCUGUCAUUCAUCAGAAUCUGUUUAUCAAUCCGUGGUAACUCACGGUUUCAUUCUUGAUAAAAACGGUCGUAAGAUGAGCAAAUCGUUGGGUAAUGUGAUCAGUCCUAUGGAUGUUCUUGAUGGCAAUAUGGUUCAGUACUUCAAAUCCUCACUAUCAAAUCCUUGCUACGAUCGAUCAGCUGACUCCAAAUUGUCUUCUUUGUCUGUCUGGGAACCUGCGAUUGAACACGGGACUCAUCAGUUGGUGAAAAGGCCGAGGUUUGGGAUCGACGUGCUUCGAUGGUGGGCUAGUUCUGUCGACUUCACAAAGGAUGUCUCCAUCACCUUUGACCAGCUCGGUUACAUAUCAGAGACCUGUCGAAAGUUACGAUCAACGGCGCGGUUCUUGCUAGGGAACACAUUCCCAGAUGGUACCAUAUACUUCGCCACUCACAUUCAGAUCGAGAGGUAUACAUUGCACGCUGUAUAUGAAUUCUACCAUGCCAUCAUUUCAGCUUACAACGUGAUGUCAUUCAAUCAAGUCGUCCAGUUGAUCACCGAAUUCCGAGGAAAUACGCUCUCGGCAUUCUAUUUUGAAGUAAGCAAAGAUACGCUGUACAAUGAUGCAGAUAAGAGUGUGGAUAGGCAGAACGUCGUGUAUGUAAUGAGUCAAAUCCUAAAUGUCUAUCGUUUUGCUUUGGCUCCAAUCUUGCCCCAUCUCGCUGAAGAGAUAUCAUUGCACAUGAAGACUAACAAUGAGGAAUCUGUCGAAGGCUUCAGUAUCUUUUGCGAGCAGUGGCCUCCGGAAAGCUGGCAAAAUCCUCUCGUACAGGAGCAAAUGACGAGACUGUUAACUCUGCGAACUGCACUACAAUCUGAGCUAGAAUUGCUUCGGAAGGAGAAGAAAAUCACGGUUGCGUCUGAAGUCGAGGCCGUGUUCGAUUUGUCCAGUUGUGAAGCUUCUAAAACUCCAGUUAUGUCUGACCUCAUAGAACAUACCGAUCUACUCCCUCGUCUGUUUGGGUUGUCAGACGUAUCAAUAUGCAAAAGUUUCAACGCGGCUGAAACGGUCGUCAAUCUAGCAUCUCCAGCAUGGAGACAUGAGGUCACAUCAACUUCAAAUUCUGUCCGGAUGGUUUUGCUUCCGGCUUGGAGAUCAAAAUGUUCGAGAUGUUGGAAUUAUGUGGCAGAAAAUGAGGAUGAGUUGUGUAUAAGAUGUAUAGAGGUGUUAUCAUCCACAAUACCAGUAUCUGAUGUUCAUGCAAGUUGA